AUGCUGCUGGAAAGAUUGCACAAGAGGCUACACGCCGGCUCUUCUAGGCGAUCUCAAGAGAAUAAGGAAAAGAACUGCACACCUGAGGAUGCGUUGCCCAUCCAGCCAGAAGCCCAACAUCGAACUGAGGAACCUCAGCCGUUGUUGAACUGCGACUACGAUGAUAUGAUCGCGUUUGACAGAAAUUUGUCCACUCCUGUUUUUACUCCGGUAAUGACUCCUAUAAAUAAUAUCAGCUCCAAUCAAGCGAAAAGCUCGGAAACCUCAUAUUUUCCACCUUACUUCAAUGCUAAUAGAACUAGACAGAAUAGUGCCUCUUCACUGGCGAGCUCUGUUUCCGAUUUUCCUCAGAAUUUUAAACAGCACGCUUUUUACAACAAUAAUGCUCAAUUCACUUCCUUCACACCACAGUUCGUCGGCCUGCUAUUAGAAGUCUACCAAAACACGUGCAGCGAUCCUACAAUAACCCCGUUUGAUACUACAAACCCUCCCUCAGGAAUAUUGAAUAGAGUCGCUAAAGCAGCUAUACAGCAAUCUGAGCUUCAACAAUUAGAUAUCGGGUGUGAUAGAAAUAGCUGGCUUUUAACACUGGUGAGGCAACGUUUGUUACAGGAGGUGAGGAAAGACGGCUAUCUUUCUCGUAACACUUCUCUCACUUCUUUACCUCCACCACCCCCACCACAAUUUUCUGAAAUGCUUAGAGUUCCCUCCCCGUUUAUUAACGCAGAUAUCACUGAUCCCAUCCCGUUGUCUAACACAAACUCGGAUCCAAAUGCAAGCUCUACUACCAGCAUGACCAAUACAUUAAACUGGUAUUCCUUGCAAAGAUCAAACGCCUUAAUGAAGAAUAGGAAUGGUUCAUCUCAGUAUAUAUCGGAUCUACAACCACAACCUAUCUUAGCUCGCACAAACUCUAAUAAUAGUACUAGCAACAAUAAUGCCUUUUCUUUACUCACGCCAACGCCUACAACAGAUUCUGCAUUUAAUUUUAACAUAGCCCUACUAUCAAGACAACGUAGCAAUAUCAUGUCGUCUCCCUUGGCUAGCACUCGUUUGCCUACGGCAAAUGUAUCCGCUGAAGAAUCCUCUAUUUUACCGAAUGAACCGCUGAAGUUAAAAAGAGAUUUAUUGCGUCUUAAGAGGUAA